UAUAUAUAAUUAUUUUCAGUUAAAUCAUAAAUUAAUAUGUGAUUUUUAAAAAGUGGUGUUUCAACCCUGUUUACGGCGAAUUGGUUGCUGUCAAAUAUCAGAUUAAAAUUAGUAAUCACUACCAGACGCAAAUCUGCCGAAAAAGUUUACUGUUUUCCGUGCAUCUGUUAAUAAAAUCACAGAUAACAAUGGCCAGUGAACAAGCUAAAGAAGCCAAAUUGAACGAGAAGAUUAUUGGCGAGUUCCAACAGCUAAGGAAUGAACAACGAAAUCUUGUAAACAAUUUAAAUACGCUGGAAAUGGAUCUGAAAGAACACAAAACUGUGAUAGAAACACUCAAAACAGUGGAUCCAGAACGUAAAUGCUUUCGACUGAUUGGCGGCGUGCUGGCAGAACGAACCGUCAAAGAUGUGCUACCGCAACUGAUUGAAAACAAAGACUUCAUUGAGAAGACGAUCACGCGAGUAAACGAAGACCUUACCGCAAAAGGACAACAGAUUAAUAAAUUCAAAGAAGAACACAAUAUAAAGAUACGCGGUGAACAAAUGUCCAAUGAACAACCAAGAAGUGAAGAAGAAGAAAAAAAAUCGGAAAAUCGAAACGUUUUGGUGUCGAACUAAAUACAAAUUUUAUGUAAAUGAAUAUGAUGUGUGAUGUGGGCAAGAACUAAGUAUUGAUGUGCUCGUUCAACUCGCGUUCAUAAUUCUGAAAUGAGUGUGGGAAUUCUCAAUAAUCAAAGAUAAGAAUUACACUUAAUAUCUGUAAUAAGCUUAACUUUCAUUAAAUCGAAAAGUGUUUCAGUUCUGUUGCAUGGAAUUGAAGAUUAAUCUAGUUUCCAUAAUAAAUUGAAGGUUGUUUGCGAAGAGAAAAACACUUUCAUUGAUUCAAAUUGUAUAUGUAUAUUUAAUUAAAAUAUUUUUUUAAAAACAAAAAAA